AUGGCUCUUUGGAAAGUGAAGUUUGAUUUGAAAAAACGGGUGAAGCUGGCCCAGAUACUAUGGCUCAUGUAUUGGGGGUCUAUCAUGGCUGGAGUGCUUGUCUUCAGCAUGGGCCUCUUCUUCAAAAUUGAACUGCGGAAACGAAGUGAGCUUAUGGACAACAAGGAAAGUCACUUUGUGCCCAACCUACUAAUUGGUGUAGGACUGUUAACCUGCGGCAUCAGUGCCUUUGGAGGCAAGAUUUGCUAUGACUCGUUGGAUUCCUCCAAGUUUACAAAGUGGAAGACAAUUAUAAAGCCAUUCCUUAUCUGCUGUUUGCUCUUCAAUGUUGUCCUCUUCUUCACGGCACUUUUGUGUUUCACCAUGCGCAUUCCUCUACAGUUUACCCUGACAGAAGGCUUAAAGAAUGGCAUGAAAUAUUAUAAGGACACAGAUGUACCUGGUCGCUGCUACAUGAAGAGAACUCUGGACCUAAUGCAGAUGGAGUUUCAUUGCUGUGGAAACAACAACUACAAAGACUGGUUUGAGAUCCAGUGGAUUAGUAAUCGCUACUUGGACUUUAGCUCUAAAGAAGUCAAAGACCGAAUCAACAGCAAUGUUGACAGACAAUAUUUGUUGGAUGGAGUGCCUUUCAGCUGCUGCAAUCCCAGCUCCCCAAGGCCCUGCAUUCACUACCAAGUCACCAACAACUCUGCUCACUACAGUUAUGACCACCAUACUGAAGAACUAAACAUCUGGACACGUGGCUGCAGGGAAGCUCUAGUUUUCUACUAUGGAGGGCUGAUGAACACUAUUGGUGUACUGGUGCUUUUGGUUACUAUUCUUGAGGUUGCUGUGAUGGUGGGACUACAGUAUGUGAACACCUCUCUCUCUACACUGGUCAAUCCAGAAGAUCCUGAGAGUGAAAGUGAAGGGUGGAUCCUGGAGAAACCAGUCAAGGAAACCUUCACAGAUAUCAUAGCCAAAAUAAAGGCAAUGGGGAAAGGCAGUCAGGUGGAAGAGGGGGUGGAAGUGCAGGCAGUUUCUACAGUGAGCUGAAUAUGCUAUGCUGAUUGAACAUAGACUACUCCAUUUCUACCAAAGUAGAGACUGCCUCUCUGACAUUAUACAGC